AUGGCACAGGGCUUGGUAAACGUGAAUGUCGAGUUUCGCCUCGUCGUUUUCCGGCCUUUCAAGGGUGAGGUCAUGCUCGGCCGUAUUCGAAUCCGCACUGACUUCUUUGACGACAUCUUCGUCCCCUUUGAGGAUCUUCCCGAGGGAGCCGAGUUCAACCACCGGGAUCAGAUCUGGAUAUGGAACUGCGACGAGGAAACGCAGCUGUUCUACGACAUUCACGAAAUGGUCCGCUUCCAGGUCAUUGACGAGGAAUGGCACGACCAGGCACCGCUGGGUCCAAGCCAAUCGGAGGAGGAGGUACUCCCAACGCCCUACAAGAUCAAGGGCUCCAUGGCCAUGGAUGGACUGGGUGUCUGCCUUUGGUGGGAUGGCGAGGGAAACGAGGAGCAGGAACAAGCUGUUUGA